CGUGCUUUCAUUAUUCAACAUGAGGGUACUCCUCGUCGGCGGCGCGGGCAUGAUCCAUCAUCGGCGGGCAUGCCGCCCUCUAUCUCCAAUCGAAAGGCCAUGUGGUCACCAUCGCUGGUCGGCGGCGUCCAGAAGCUGUGCCAGUUCUGGCAGCGUUGCCUUUUCUGAAAGGAGAUUACCUUGCUAACGACCUCACCUCGGACCAUCUAACGUGGUUUAAUGUGGUUUGAAGCCAUGGUGUUCACUGCUGGGGUCGAUGGACGGCAUGUUCCUGCUGGUGAGGAUGCCGACAAGUACCUCCUCCGUGCCAAUGGCGUGGCUCUACCAGCCUUUUCUGAGCUCGCUCGGUCUGCCGGCGUCAAACAUUUCGUCCACAUUGGGAGCGUCUAUCCACACAUUUUACCAAACUUAGCCGAGGAGAACACAUAUAUUCGAUCUCGGAAAAUGGCUGCCCAUGGCGUUGCGAAGCUCUCUACACCUACAUUCUCCGCCUGCAGCCUCGACCAUCUGUUUGUUGUCGGUACAGUGCCUGGCAUGAAUAUCCCCAUCUUCGAAGCCAAAGUUCAAUACGCGGAAGGGAAGUUCGGGAUGCCCGAAUUCGCGCCUGUGGGUGGACUCAACUUCAUCUCGGCACAGUCCUUAUCGGAGGCCAUCGAGGGAGCCCUGGAGAAUGGGCCGGCAGUUGCCGGGAGAACUAUUGUCGUUGGUGAUGAGAACCUUACUUAUGCCAAUUAUUUCGAAAAGAACUUCAGGGCUGUCCGGAAAACCGACGUCAAUAUCCAGGCAAGGGACGAAGAACACCCUAUGUUUCCUCGACCAGCUCUUUUUGCGGGUGACAGAUUUAUUUCUUAUGAACCCGACCCAGGAGAUGUCAAGAUUCUCGGCAGCUAACGGCGGAAGGAUAUCAAUAAUGCCGUUGAAGAGAUAGUCAAGCAGUAUCAUGUCGCUGGAUGAAACCGUACACAUCCGAGGAACACUCCAGGGUCGGU